ACUGAACACAUAAAUCGAACAGAUCUAUUUGCGGUCUCCCAUCAGCUGUUCAUACCAAUUGAAUAACAAACUCCUGGAAUCUUUACAAGAAAGCAUGAAUCAAUUGACCCAUAAAAUUGGUAGUUUUGUAUGCCAAAGUGUACAAAUAGCUGGCUGCGGCCUCCAGCAAGUGCGCACCAAAUAUGCGGAUUGGCGUAUGAUACGCGAUGUUAAGAGGCGAAAAUGUGUGGCUGAAAAUGCCAAGGAGCGACUACGAGUAAAUGCUCUGCGCAAGAAUGAUAUUCUACCUGUGGAAUUACGUGAAAUAGCCGACGCCGAGAUAGCUGCCUUUCCUCGAGAUUCGUGCUUGGUGCGUGUACGUGAGCGUUGCGCACUUACCUCACGUUCUCGAGGUAUUGUACACAGAUACCGUCUAAGUCGUAUUGUAUGGAGGCACCUGGCUGAUUAUAAUAAAUUGUCCGGCGUUCAACGCGCCAUGUGGUAAAUUGCAUGCAGGUUUUCUUUCAUUUAUAAUGAAAUAAUGUGUUGUAAAUAAAUUUAAUAUGUAUUUAAAAAAUA